CCAGAGAAACGAGUAACACUUGAAGGCAGCAUCAGGGCUCUGACACAAAGCCUAAACGUAAGCUAACAAUGUCCGAGAAAGAACGUGGAAAAAAGUGGGACCGAUGCCUUGCAGAUACUGCUGUCAAACUUGGUACUGGCCUGGGGUUAGGAAUUGUGUUUUCUGUUCUGUUCUUCAAGCGGCGCCAAUGGCCAAUUUCAUUUGGCUCCGGAGUAGGACUUGGCAUGGCUUACUCCAACUGUCAGAAUGACCUGAGGUCACAUUAUGUGCUGCACACAACGCAAGAGGAUCAUUAAGUAUAAAUCAUCGAGGGAUUUUUUUUUUUCCUUUAAAGUUGAAGCUUUAUUAAUGUUGGGAACGUCACCGUUUGCACUGUUUGGAUGUAUUUGUGUGCUAUAUCGGGAAAAUCUGUUUAUUUAAUAAACAAUCAUAAG